UGUAAUUAAGUUGGAAAAAUACUUGAAUAUAUUGAAAUUCGAUGGAAUUUCACAGUUUGCACAAUUGGCCGUAAAUGAUUUAUUGGAUUUUUCCUCGGAAAAGCCUCAGUGUUGUGAAAACUUGAAGCACAUGUAGAACUUGGUUGUCGCGGCAUUUGUGUUUCGGUGACGUUCCGAGGCAAUUUCCAAGUUUUGAGUAAUUAAACACGUGGAUAUAUUGAUCUAUCAAUAUUUGUGGUUUUCAAGUGUUUUAUUGAUUGACUAGGCUACACCAGACUCACCCACUGACCCAACAUGCCGCAGAACGAAUAUAUUGAGAGGCACCGCAAGUUGUACGGUCGCCGGCUCGACUAUGAGGAACGGAAGCGCAAGAAGGAGGCGCGUAUGCCCAAGGAGCGCGCCCGCAAGGCGCAGAAACUCCGUGGUAUCAAGGCGAAACUUUUCAACAAACAACGGCGCCUGGAGAAGAUCCAAAUGAAGAAGAACAUCAUGGCCCAUGAGGAAAAGAAGGUCAAGAAGCAAGAACAACAGGCCGAGGAGGGUGCUCUGCCCCACUACCUGCUGGAGCGUGGAAUCCAAUCCAGCGCUAAGGUCCUCACCAACAUGAUCAAGCAAAAACGCAAGGAGAAGGCCGGCAAAUGGGAUGUCCCGCUUCCGAAAGUACGACAACAGUCGGAUGCAGAAGUAUUCAAAGUCCUUAAGACUGGAAAGUCGAAACGCAAGGCAUGGAAACGUAUGGUCACCAAAGUCACAUUUGUCGGUGAGAACUUCACCCGUAAACCGCCGAAGUUUGAACGUUUCAUUCGUCCUAUGGGUCUGCGGUUCAACAAGGCCCACGUUACACACCCAGAGCUGAAGGCCACAUUCCACCUGCCCAUCAUUGGCGUGAAGAAGAAUCCCAGCUCGCCCAUGUUCACUUCCCUGGGAGUGAUCACCAAGGGUACCGUCAUUGAAGUAAACAUCUCAGAACUGGGUCUCGUCACACAAACCGGCAAAGUCGUGUGGGGUAAAUACGCGCAGGUGACGAACAAUCCGGAGAACGACGGCGUGAUAAAUGCCGUGCUCUUAGUCUAAGUUGGGGUGAUUGUGGCUUCGAUGUAUGUUGUACUUUUAAGGACUUUAAUAAAUAAGAUUUUUGCGGAAUAGAA